AUCAAAGAGACGAAGAAUUUCGAAGAUCCUGUAGUUCUAACGACCAUAAAAAAAGAGCAAGAUGAUCGCGGAAGCGCGACCUCUAGGACCAGUCAGCCUAGAGAAAUUUUUCAGAUCCCGUGGGCGUCCAACGAUUUCCAAAGAUGGUCCGAGCUUUCGAACGAGCGCUCUGCUGACGACAUCAACCAGACGGCGAAUGAUGUCCCACCGCCACCUUCAGAGGAGCAUAUCGCGGCAGCGCACGGAGAAUACCUGACACCCUGGGAGCUGUGCGAGAUUUUAUGGAAGCUUGGACUCCUCCAGAGGCCCGACCUGUUCGAGUUCCAUCUGCGCCAUGAGCAUUUUUCUUCAGUCACCACCGGAAGCGUCUACUGUGGUUGCCCCGACGCCCUCUCUCCGGAGAAGCGGUCCUUCUAUGACUGGGUGGACCUGCGUAGACGCAAAUACUCUUUGGAAGUUCCCCUCUCGAGCGACCACGCGAAAUGGGGCAUUUUCGAUCACCACAACCAAAAUCAGCUUGAUCAUGUAGGAGUCCAGAACAACGAGAUGAAAGCGUUGCCGAGGCCGACGAAGCUCCUCAAGCCGGGACUGAUGCUCUCUGAGCCAGAUGGGGGCUGCCGGAACCGCGUCGAAGAGUGGCUCGUAGCCAGUAGCCGCCCCAAAGAGGACGAAAGGAGAAGCGCUUCGACCCAACAGAAAGUUAAGGCUCAAACAAUUUCAUCAUUUCCAAGUGUCAUUUUCUUUGCUUCCUUCGCUCGCAGGAAGUUGAGAAAUGGGCUGAAGGAAUGAAACAUACAUUUUGAGCUCUAAGAAAGGCAGAGGUGCUGCGGCACGACAAGAGGCCGCGAGCAACAAGAGGCCUUUUUCUGCAUUAGGUGGGUUCGACGAUCCAAGACAUAUCAGCACUGCGUAUAAUUUGCAAAGUGCUUCCUUCUCUUAAGGGCAGGCUAAAGGUGUUCCUGUUGCCGUUCGUUUUGCCAUUCUGAAGGGGGAAAGGCAUAGCGAACGGGGUAAACGAACACCAAGACGAGCCACCUAUCUUUAAUUCUCGUCUACAACUAGGGAAGCAGGGGAAGAUGAAAGGAAGUGUAGGGGAGGCGCUUUUUCUCCGCGAGACGUUGACGUGAGCGACAAUUCGAUGUCGCUUGCUUCAUCGUCGGACGACGAGGACCAGUGUGAGCGCUUCAUGGUAGACGCAAAUCAUGUUGGAUUUCUGAAGACACUAGAUACUAGAACUACACUGGGCGUGGAGGACGCGGCGACGGUCAAGCAACUAUCUACCUAUGGCCCUGGUCCCGGAAGAAAAGAAACCGCUGAUGCGAGCAAAACAAAAACUACAACAGCAGCAAGUAGGGCCACAGAUGAAAGUAGAAACGCGUCUGAUGCCAGCAUGAGGAGGACGGACGCACAGGAUGGAAUAGUUGUAGAGGCGUCGACCCGUGAUGAAGAACGAGCAGCACAGCUUGAAGCAGACUCCCAAGAAGCUGAGCAGUUAGCACAUGUUGCCGGGGAGGAGCAGUCUUAUUCGAUUCCCCGCGCCAAUCUAAGUGCGACGUCGGCGCCGCUCAUGUUAGAAAGGACGAGCAUGCGAGGAGAAGGCAACAAGAUCGAGCCAAAGAAGAGCGUUGCUGAUGUCGAUGGUGUCGGGAACGAGCUAGACGAGGGUGUCGGGAGAAGACACGAAGUGGAAGAGAUUCUGAACGAAGCCGCCCCCGUAGAUGAGUUGGGAGCCGACAGCCAGAAGGAGGGCGUCGAACGUGUGGAGCAGGAGGAGCGUUUUCACGAAAGGCCUGCGGAACGGCCAGCGAAUGUGGGCUACGCUGAUGAAGUGCGUCGCGACUUUGUGGAGGAUGCUGCUCGACGUAGUGCUGGCGCCGAUCCUCAGGAUGUUGCGCUACUGCUGUCAUCCCAAGCAGAUGCUGUGGACACAACGAUCAUCACACAGGAUGCGCUGGCUGAGGCAACCACAAGCACCCCAGCAACAACGACCGACACCGCUGCCGGGAAGCGCGUCCGCGGUGAGAAGCGUAGCAAGCGUGUUCACACGGCAACAGGGACUCGAACCGCGACAGGCAGUGCUGCGGCGUCUGCUUCAGUGUCCAAAGGAGGUCGUCAAAUUCCAAAGGACUCGUCACCCGCUAAGGCGCCUCAGAAAGGUCCACUUGUAGAUGGAGUUUCGGUAGCGCCAGCAACGAGACGUAGCAAGAAGAUGGGAAGUAAGCCGGGCAUUCGCCUCAGUGUCAAUACUGGGGAAAUUCUGCUGGUACAGCGCCCCAUACACCGCGAAGGCGAAGCAGAUCGGGGUCAGCAACCUUUGUUCUACGAAGGAGAUGAUGACGCAGCUGACGUUAAGGCUUUCACUAAUGCGUCCUUGACUGCUUUUUUGAAAAGUAUGAGGGAGUCUGUCAUUCACUGCGAUAUAAUUAGCCAUACUUUUCAGCGAUGCGGUUGAAAGAUGAACGGUGGAUAGCGCUAAUGACAGCAACCAGGAAAGAAGUGUCCACUUUUCUGCCCAGUCUUCGGAUACCGGGCAAGAGUCCACAAGUGAAAGCGGGCAUGGGGCCCAACGCGCUCCAUCCGUUCCAGCGGGUGAAGUUACGAAGGUUUUUAGAGAUAGACUUUAGGUAGCAGAAGUUUAGAUUUGAUUUAGAAUUUUUGGAGCAGCAGCAUCGGAGUCUGUACUUGCAACCUUGAUAUAUUAAUUUGAUUUGAUUAAUAUUAUAUAUUUGAUCAACAUAAUUUCGGGCUGUAAUUUUGGGAAGAAUCCACUGUAAGACCAGUGAACGGCGCUGCUCAAAUUCUGUAAGAGUUAAAAAAAAGGUACCUACCCUUCUAAUACGGAAAGUUUUGAUUUCUUUUUGGAGCAGCAGCAUCGGAGUCUGUACUUUUUGCCAUUACGCGAGAGCCAUGUGGCACAGAUGCGGGUGGUCUUUGUCGUGUGGACCGUUUUCGUCGAACCUUUGCUAUCCCGCAAGGAGCGGCUCCUGCUGAUGCUUCCGGAGGCCAAGCUGAGUCAGGUCUUGCGCUACAUUUUUCUGCGCGGCUUUCUGUCCGCCGGUUCUGAAAUGGUCCGUCGUGGAGAUCCAGCUCACAACUUCAAAGUCCUGGAUUAUUCCGCAGACUUCGUGCAGCAGCUGCUUGUGCAGACGCAGCCUGUACCACUGUCCCUACAAGUCCGAAAAACAAUCCGAUUCCGAAGUAGUAGUGGGAGAGAGUCGGACUCCUGUCCUGGUGCGGUUGGUUCUGGCCGUAGGAGCACGAUCCACAGAGAGAUAAGCGACGCCGCGGCGCUCCAUGAGGAAUUGACGUCAGCGGAAAAUCUGCCGAAGAACAUUACUCGGACAACUGGAGUUUUGUCGCGAAAAGUUGCAAGAUUUGAAAAGAAAGCGUCGGCGCCAGAAGGAAAAGCUAACAUUAUCCAAGCGAAUGGGCACACCCAAUACGAGCACAACUCUCUUAGUGAGCCACAGGACGACGCUGUUAGGGUCCCCUCGCCCUGCGAGGGCAUGCCAUUGUCGUCUCUGGCGGCGCAGCAGCCCGUUUUCUCGGAAGACACGUUAAGCGUUGGCCAUUUGUCGGCGAGGUCGUUCUUGUGUGCGCGAGAAUCCACCGAGACUGCGAACAGAAUACGCUGGAUAAGCUUAGCGUCGCCCGACAGUCAUAGCCGGCCCCUUAGUUCGAUUGUGCAGCAUCGAGCUUCGCUGCUGGCGCUGUGCGUGAAGUACCAGAUUCAUCCCCUAGCGAUUGAGGAUGCACUAUCUCUGACGGAGGAGGCCCCAACGGGGCGAGUUACCAAAUAUGGUAAUCCUUUGCGCGAUCUUAUCCACGAGGAUAGCUUCUCUUUUGGCGAGUUCGGUCUUCCUGAAAGUGGCGCCAGACAUGUUGACUCGUCCAGACGGGGAAGUGUGCCGUUCUCGAUGGCAGCAGACAAUCAUACAGCAGCACGUGAAAAAGGAAAAAGGGGCGAGGGGGAGGCAAACUCAAUGGGCGACAUAGAGACGCCAGGACCUCCCGAGGGCUUCACGUUGCCGUCGGUGCGGCUGGCGAUGUCUACUAUGGGUAACGCAGGCCCAACUCCUGCUUCAUCUCGCGGACGAAAUUCUUACAAUUCUGCAGCUGUUCGUGGGCUCACUUCGGUGCCGGAUCUGCCGAACGCCGGCCGCCUGUCCUUCGUUGGUGGGCGGUCGUUUCCCAGUCGACGGGGCGGUGGAGCUGUGCUCUCCAUCACCGGUCGCAUUAACAGCCAACGACUGCCAGGGGGAGGAGGGGACCUUGGAGGGGUUGAGCCGUGGGCGAGGCGGUCAGAAAUGGGAGGGGCCUUACCCUUCGAUGCUCCGCUCCUUCUCCCACGAAUGUCCACCAUGAGCAGCAUGUCGCGCCUCACUACACAGCCUGGCGCUCGGAAUGCGGGCGGGAAUAGCCGGGGCGAUGCUCUAGUGUCAGCGUAUAGCGUCUCUCCGCUCUCACGCAGUAGCAUGGCGAGGGCCCCAGUCGGCAUGCUCCCGAAUGAAAGACCAGGAAAGCUCACUCAGGAAAAUUUAGUACCCUUUCCCUUUGGGAGUGAAUUUCAAAACUCGGGGGUUUUGCAGGCUGGAGGCCUAGACGCACAAAGGCAGUAUCGCCCCGAGGCGCCUGGUGGGGAGCAUUGGUUCAUUUCAAUUCCCCUUUUCAAGUUGAGCGACAACUCGCACCGGCGCAUGAACUCAGUGAUUGAAUAUGUGGAGGAAUCAAUAGAAGAAGAGCACGGCCGGCCGCGUCUCUCUUCAGUAAGUUCUCGACAAAGUGACAAAGCGAAUAGGCCCAAAAGCAUGAGGGGACGCGCGAACAGUGUGGCGCAGCGAAACAGGAUUCUUUCCGAAGCAGGGCGUCUCUCCACGUCAUCUGCAUCAAGUCUGAGCGCAGGUGGGGGUAUUCGGGCGCGUUCAACGCGCGAGGAGAGUGUUAUCACUCGCGCUGUUGCGGCGGUUGAGGAGUACGCAGGCCGCCUCCGGAACCGAAAAGGCGAGGGAGAUUUAGUGGGCCGAGAAUCAGGGCUCCGCAAUCGCACGAGCACUGCGAGAGGAAAGAAUCGGGUACGGCGUACGACGGAGAACCUGCGAAACGGGUACGUCCGACCUUCGGGCGUCUCCACUAUCGGAGCUUCGCUAGCUUCGAUGUUUGAUGGUUUGGCCCCGCGCGAAGAUGAGCACCAGAAGGGCAGUGACGGCGACGGCUUUGAGGAAACUGCGGAUCACGGGAGUAAUUCCCCAUUAUUCGAAAACAUACGAGAACUUGAGCCCGCGCGUCCACCAGAUCAGAAUAAAUCGGAAACAAGUGUGAGGAGUUCCUUGAGCGCAUUAGUGUCUUCACUUACCAACUCCAGUAUGUCCGGCAAGGAGAGCACAAAGAGCCCGGUGACGAUGGUGCCGCCAAAGGCCCGGCAGCACUUGCGGCUGAUGCCCAACAUCGGGAUCGAGAUUAAGGCGGCCACGAUGGGCAUCGUCGUAUCAGUUGCUCCACGUCCUGAUCUUGCUAUCACCAUCAGUACGCCGUGGCGCCCGACCAGGGUAAAUUUAACAGAUGAAGACCACACUGCCGCGCAACUGGACCAAUUGGUGGAGGAAGUUACUGCCGAGCUUAUCGCAGAGGAGGCAGCGCUGGAGCUGGAGCACAGGGCUUCGGUCACCGCAAGGAGGAAAACAGCUGAGCGGCAGGGAAGUGGUCGCGCCUCUUCUGAUUUGCUGGAAGCCUUUGCCAGAAGAAGAACCGACAAUAGGGCCCCAAAUUCGUCGCAUAUUGCCGAGCGGCAGUCCAGGGCGCUCUCUAGUCGUGACAACCAUAAUGGCAACGAAGAUCGCAACGCGACAGCCGGAGUUGGUAAUAUAGCCCUCGAUAGCAAUGGCGACACUGCCGACAGCGAUGGGCUUGACCACUUUCCCCCCGGGGAAGCGGAAGGAGGUGGCCUGAAAAAGAUGCCUGCCUCGCAAAGUUCGCCUUGGCAGACGCCUCCAGAAAAGGCUCGCCAGCGCAUGGCAACGCUCCGGAGAAAGCUCCAAGUGCUAAAAGGGUUGCGGAAGGGCGGCUUCGCUCAUGGCGCAGACUACAAUACGGCGGCAGCAGCCGAGAGCAUUCGUCGCAAGCUAAACUCUAAGCAACGACCCAAGGGGGCUCACGAGCUACCUGAGGGAGCGGAAGCACUGAGUGUUAAGGUUUUCGUUUCUUUGUUUACUUUCAGCGCCAACACUGAAUCCUCGAUCCACCUUCGUGUUGCUAAAUAGAGCAAGUCCGAGACGCAAAACAAAUGAGCUAAAAAGAACAGACAUGAACUAUGAUAAAAUGAGUAAGAAAGAGAAACAGACAGACACCAUUUAGCUUUUCUAAAAUGGACAAUGGUGAUGAGGGCUGGGACGAUGAGGGAGUAUCAUCAGCCGAGGACACGGAUGACGAGGUUAAAAAGCGCUUGCGCGCUGCAGUGAAAAAAGCGUACUUCGAAGAAGUAGAGGCGAUGGGAGAAGAGUCCUGUUUGUCGGACAAGGAGGAGGAAGUCGGGGGAGGUCUAACCGUAGAUGUGAAUAGGCUAAAGACCUACAGCCAGCAACCACGCGCUAGUCAAGCUACCGCAGCUCGGAGCAAGAUCCCGACGGAGGCUACCACUGGAGGCAAGCAAACGGCGCCCCGAAAACGCCCCUUCGUGGACCACAGCAAGAGUAAGUUUGUCGAACGCACCCUUUCAGGCCGAGCCGGAAUGAAGAGCGACAUUAAUGCGAUGAUAGAGCAGGAAGCCGAAGCAGACGGGCGCCCACAGAUACCCAAAGCGGAGGGUGAGGCUGCGUUCGGAGCCGCGGCUUCUACAACUCACACAUUAUUUUAUGGCCUUCUCGAAUGAAUCCAUCUCCAGAUGAAGCAUCUCUAAACCGUUCCAUAAUGAUUAAAUGGUGGAAAACUAGAUCCGAGAUGGGUAUGAAGAUGAAUUGGGUGAGCUCUAACUAUUGCACGAUCUGCAGUACCGCACCGGUACGGUGGGCACGGAGGAUCGGGAGUCAAUGGGGCUGGCCGAUGAGCAAGACGACAGAAUGGCGUUCGCGGAAUGGGGGCCGACGAACGAUGCUUAAGGCUAUUGCACUUCAUCCAUCCCUGUGCCUACGGAUCUCUCAAGCGUAAGCAGAGCCGACGCUACAUAGAGAGACCGCUUACUUAUUUCCAGGGAUGGACUAGGGAGAAUUUUUCUAAUACAAAGAUGCGAAGUCUCCAUCUGGGCCUGGGGCGCCCAGAGCAGACGAGCAGCAAGGGCAUCCGGCUUAUACGGGGGAAGGGCCCGCCGCGCAAAAAAAAUCGGGCAACAAGCAUGCCACCAAGGUGUAUCACCAACGAAGCGUUGCUGCGUUGAAGCGUGUGAAGGAAACGAUUUUGAAGGAGCACAGUGCGAUCCGUCACGGAGAUUCGCUGUGGUUGGUGUACAGCAUUCUGAAUUGUUGCGUCGAUAACUGCCUCCCGAUCGCCCACGCGUUUGAGCUGCAGCUCGCCACCACGGCGAGCCGCCUGCACGAUUUCCAGCACGCUUUGCCUGGAGACGAAGUGCAGAAUCUUUACCUGAUUGAAAGGCACCUGGCGUGGUUCGCGGGUGAGGUAGCGCCGCUCGACCGCGUUCUUAGGACACUGAUAGCGAUGGAGCACUUUAGGACCAGCGAAGUCAAGAGCUACCUAGAAGACGUCCAGGACGCACUCGGAGAAGUGAUCUCGAAAUUGCACGGCUAUAUGGCCGAAUGCGAAUCGCUGAGGCAGGAGCAUGGAAAUUAUGUGGACGGCAAUUUGAACAGGCUGCUCACUGCGCUCACGGUAAUCACGGCGCUCGCACUCCCUGCGACAUUGUUCAGCGCCUACUUCGGAAUGAGCUUUAUUGACCCGGACACGGGGGAGAACACCGUGGGCCUCGUCGCAAUGAAGCAUGGAAUUGUCGUGUAUUGGGGUUUGGUUCUCUUCGCCACCGUGUCGAUGCUCUUGUAUAUUCAGCACAAAUCGAAAGGGCAUGUCCGGCAGGAUUUACUCUUAAGCCUGGGGGCACUCCACUUAGUUACAACUAAUAAGAGAACAUAAGUACGCUCGAUGAUAUAUUUUUAUUCCUUCCUUCCUCAUAAAUCUUGUUGGUUACUUAAAUGAAUUAGAAUUUUUUGUACUAAAAAUGUGUCCUCCACCCGGACUGCAGCAGGGACUGUGGGUUAGUAGAGUAGUCAACUUCAAACCUUACACACAUCCCAUCAGCCGACCAAAGCCAACGCAUUGGCCCAAGACUAGGUAUAUGAGGACAGCUCUGGGCGCUUCUGCUCCCCAAUUGUCUCUCUUCGCCGGAAGUUGGAUACAUCCUCUAGCAGCAAAAGCAACUGAGCCUAUUUAUCAAAGCAUAUCAGUAUCUCACUCCUCUAAUACGUGACGAGGUGAGAGCGAUGGGAAAGGGCUCGCACUAAAGACCCCGUGGGUGCAGCCGAUUGCUGUUAUCGAGGAGGCGCGCAUGGUGGAGGUAAUGGAUGCGCACACGCAUGGCGGAGGUAAUGCUAAUGGAUGAGAACGCACACGAUGGAUUUACAGCAGACGCAGACUCUUGCCGAGUCUUCGAAGGUGCUAGCCCCUGCCGUGACAGUGCGCACGGAUCAUGAAAGCACGAACUAAAGAAGGCCUAGGCCAACAUGCGAAACAUGCAGGGGAAAAGCGGAGCAUCCUGGCUCUUCUAGACCAGCAGUUAAGUUUAUAGCAGGCAGCACUGCCGCUUGCGUCGAAGAUGGACACAGGAACCCAGAGUUUGGGCCCGGAGUGCUCAUGAGAACAUAUCGUUGGGGAGCAUUCCCAGAAUCCGUGUGGCUCAACAUGCGGAGGAUGGGAACUGGUAUGCUAUUGGUAGCCGACGUCUCUUUCCGUUGAAAGUGCUGGGCCUGGAAACAGCGAAAAAUACCCAUGUUAUGGCUACCGCUGAAGCGUUCCCAGCAUCAUGCAUGGCUCCGUUUUUACUUGAGAAAAGAGCCAAGGAUGAUCCCAGGGGUACGAAGGCGGAAGCGCUAACCACGUGGAGUGGAUGGAGGAGUUUGAUUCAAAACUCCGUCAGCACAUCGCAAUGGGGAAAGGUCGGGUGCAUGCCAGAGAUGAUGUGGAGUCCUAUUGAGAGAGAUUUGUGAUUGUGCGGUACUUGCGAUCGAAGAGCAGCUUGGAUCUUUACGAGUCAGCCGAUCAUGGGGAAGAGCGAGAUUCAGAGAAGUAUCUGCCCUUCAAACGUGUGCUGUGCAUUCCGCACCGGAACGGGAAGCGCAAGCUUCGUCUUCAAUAUCAUCCGGCUUUCAAGGCGAUAAGAAAGCACAUUUUCGGCAAUACGAAAGCGCGAACAGUGAGUUUCGACAUUCCUCGGCGAAGGGAGCUUCACUUUCCGGCGUUAAAGGUCUCUCUGUUGACAGUCCGUGUGACUAGACACGCAGUUGACGUGCUUGGACUUGACUACGACGACCUGAUUGAGAGCGCAGUCGCAAAGGUGCGGAACCGGAUGAUUCACCUGUGGAGCAAACACACCGAUGACUUCUCUUUUUGAUGCUGCCCAGCCUUCCGUGGGUGAGGGUGUGCAUCGAACUCGAAGUAUCUGUCAGGAUAUGCGUUUGCGUGUGUCUUCAACAGCAAUAAGUGUACUUACACAAGAGCAUCUGAAAAAACGUGUAACACGACUGUCGUGCAAAAGUUAGG